AUGGAUAGGUUUGUCACAAGAACGAAUGUUGGGCAACCAAGUUCUAGUUCUACUAAUCCAUCUAUUGCUUCAUUCAUAGCUCCGGAAAUUCAGAGGGACACAUUUCUUUCUGAUCUUGAUUUAGAAUCUCUCAAUGCUGAUCUGGGAGAUAGAAAACCUAUUACAGAAUACAGCCCUAAUAUACGUGAUGAAGGUCAACAUUCUACGUGGUUGGAAUACAAUAUAUCAAAAGAUGCUGCAUAUUGUUUGUGUUGGUAUUUGUUCAAAAAUGAACAUGAAAGUCAUGGAAAUACGGGAUAUGCUUUUACAAAAAAUGGCUUACUCCUCGGUAUGGCUAGCUUAAAUCCAGUUAAUUCAUUUGGUAGUUUUGAUAAGAAGAGGAUAAUGAGGUUGGCUGAAUAUUAUCCAAAUGAGUUUGAUAGUAGCAAGCUUCGAGAUCUCAGUUGUCAGCUUGAUAGUUUUAUAGUUUAUGCACGUGGGUUGACAAGAGCUUCUGUGGAACAAGCUUUCUCAUCCAUGAACUACAUCAAAAGUGAACUUUGUAACAGCAUCGGUGAUGUAUUUCUAAAUAGUUGUUUAGUUUGCUAUGUAGAGCGUAAGAUAUUUUCAAGUGUCAGCAAUGAUGCUAUUAUUCAUCGUUUUCAACAUAUAAAAAGUCGUUGA